GACGGCGUGCGCGCGGCGGCGGGUAGUGCGCGCGGCGCUGGCGCAUGACGACCAGCUCGAGCGUGGCCAGCAGCGCAACCGCUUCUUCCACCGCCUGGACUUCCAGUGCCUCGUUGCCUGGCAGUACUCAGACGACCAGCGGUGCGGCCUCGGGCAGCGCGGCCACGACCAGUACGGCCUCGUGCCGUGCGACUUCUACGGCCACCUCCACGGUGGGCCCCGCGACUUGAGUGCGAUGCUGUGCGACUUUCAUUCCUUGUCCGAAAUCCCGCCUGGAGAGGGGGACGCGCCCGGCCCAGGGCGAGGCACGCGCCGCCUCGGGGCACCCCACCGUGCCUCGCUCUCUCCCUGUUGCGCACGGGCUGCGCGGCGUCUCGCGGCGCUGCGGCGGGGGCACCGUGUGGCCCACCUCUCGGAGGCGGCGAAUGACGGAGCACGCGCCGCUUCGGCACGCCACCCCGCCUCUC